AUGGGUACCUACAGAAAAAGAUUCAAUGAAAAGGCAAGGGCAGGCCAUAUGGCCAAACUUAAAGAAUUAAAAAAAGUUAGAAAUAAGCAAUUUUAUCGAGAAGUAGAAGAUGAAUCAGAUGAUAGGGUCCCAGAUGAUAAGCAAGACCUAGAUACAAAUUCAGAGCUUCUUAAGCCUGUGACUGAGGAAGAGAAGGCUUUGAAAAAGCGUAAACUGCAAGAACUUUUUACCCCAAAAGAAUCGAAAGUCUCACGACUAAAGAAGAAAAGACUAGAUAAGUUUAUUGAGCAUCAACUGAAAAGAGAAGAAAAAAAAACUAUUAUUGAAAAACUGCAAGGUUAUAAAAUAGAUACGUCUUUACUGACAAGUUCGAAAAGGUUAGGUGAAGGUAGGCAGACUAAAAGGGAAGAAUUUGCAGAGGCAUUGAGCCUAGAGAAGCAAGGUAGGAGUACGGAGGAGACUCGUAAUAUAUUAUAUGAAGAAUAUGAACCUAAAAAAUGGGAUGCUGAUAAUGAUACUACGAUAGAUAAGGUUUCAAAUACAAUUUCCAGCGAACAUUCGUCUGAAGAAGAAGACGAUGACAAUGAUUUUGAUGAGAGAUUUGGUGGCACAACCACUAAAUCUUCUUUUAUUGACAAUAGGCCUGCCAAGUUUGGUGGAUCCGGCUUUGGAUUUGGAUUCUCUAAUGUCAAAGUAGUCAAUAAGGAAAAAAGUGCUUCAAAAAGAAAGUAUAAUUGGAGACAACGUGUUGAAUUACAAGAUAUGAAAAAAAAUCUUAAAGAAGAUGACCAAGAUUUUAUUUCAAGCUCUGAAGAUGUUGGAUCGGCCAGUGAGGGAUCAGGUGACUCUCAAGAUGAAGUCUCAGAAAAAGAUGAUGAAAAAGAGAUCACGUCAGAUACUAGUUCAGAAGCCACUCAUUCGUAUGCAGGGGAGGAUUUCAAAAACUGGGCAAACAAUGAAAUAAAAAAAAUGGAAGGGCGUGAUGUAGACUUGGCUACUCCUAAACUCAGCGUAGAUUAUGUUCCAAUUAUUCGUUCUGAAGAUCUAGACGAUGGUUUGGGAGAAACAAAUAUUUCGGUCGAUGAGAAAUCACAGAGAAAGGCAUUUUAUGUUCAAGUGGAGAGGACAGAAGAAAUCCAAAAAGUUCGAAUGCAAUUACCAGUUUUUCGUGAAGAACAUCAGAUCAUGGAAGCAAUCCAUCACAACGAUAUUGUGAUUAUUUGUGGUGAAACUGGUUCAGGUAAGACCACACAAGUUCCGCAAUUUCUCUAUGAAUCAGGAUUUGGUUCCCCAGAUUCCCCAGACAAUCCAGGGAUGAUUGGUAUUACGCAACCAAGAAGAGUUGCAGCUGUCUCUAUGGCCAGUCGUGUUGCUAAUGAAUUAGGUAAUCACAGUUCAAAAGUUGCUUAUCAAAUCCGGUUUGAUUCCACGACAAAAGAAGAUACAAGGGUCAAGUUCAUGACUGACGGUGUCCUAUUGAGAGAAAUGAUGCAUGAUUUCAAGUUGACGAAAUAUUCUUCAAUUAUUAUUGAUGAAGCGCAUGAGAGAAACAUCAAUACUGAUAUAUUAAUUGGGAUGUUAAGUCGUUGUGUUAGAUUACGUGCGAAAGAACAUUUACAAGAUCCAAAUAGUCACAAGAAACUGAAAUUGAUUAUUAUGUCAGCGACUUUAAGAGUUUCUGAUUUCAGUGAGAAUAAGGCUUUAUUUCCAACUGUUCCUCCUAUUAUCGAAGUGGAUGCCAGACAAUAUCCUGUAGCAGUUCAUUUUAAUCGUAGAACUGCCUUCAAUUAUACAGACGAAGCGUUCAGGAAGACAUGUAAGAUUCAUAGAAGACUGCCGCCCGGAGCAAUAUUAAUUUUUAUGACUGGUCAACAAGAAAUCACUCACAUGGUAAAAAAAUUAAGAAAAGAGUUUCCAUUUAAGAAAAAUGAAAAGUAUAAAAGAAUGGAUUCGACAGUUUCCUCGGUGAAAAUCAACUCUAAGAAUGCCGAUUUGGAAGUUGAGGAUAUCGAAUUUAGCACAAACAUUAUAGACGAAGAAAAAUUUAACGCUGACUUAGAUUCUGUGGAAGAAGAUGCUGAAAAUGAUUCAGAUGCAGAGGAAGGGUUUGAUGAAGUCCUAGAAGAGGGACAGAGUGCAAACGAUCCUCUUUACGUACUACCACUUUAUUCCUUAUUACCAACAAAGGAGCAAAUGAAAGUGUUCGAAAAGCCGCCUGCUGGUUCCAGGUUAUGUAUUGUUGCCACUAAUAUUGCGGAAACAUCACUAACCAUUCCAGGUGUACGAUAUGUUGUUGAUUGCGGUAGAUCGAAAGAGCGUAAAUAUAAUGAAUCAAAUGGAGUCCAGAGUUUUGAGAUUGGUUGGGUAAGUAAGGCAAGUGCAAAUCAAAGGAGUGGUAGAGCAGGUCGUACUGGCCCAGGUCACUGUUAUCGUUUAUAUUCUUCAGCGGUCUAUGAACGUGAUUUCGAUCAAUUUUCGCAACCUGAAAUCUUAAGAAUGCCUGUUGAAAGUGUUGUAUUACAAAUGAAGAGUAUGGCUAUUCACAAUAUAGUAAACUUUCCUUUUCCAACCCCUCCUGAUAGGACUUCCUUGGCCAAAGCAAUGGACUUGUUACAGUAUUUAGGAGCCCUUGAUAGCAAAGAAAAAAUUACCGAUGAUGGUAAAAAAAUGAGCUUGUUCCCAUUAUCACCUAGAUAUUCUAAGAUGCUAUUGGUUUCUGAUAACCAUAACUGUUUGCCAUAUGUUGUCUCUAUUGUUAGUGCAUUAUCUGUUGGGGAUCCAUUUAUUUCCGAACAUGAACUAGGUAUCACAGAGACAAAGAUAAAGCUUCCUGAAGAUGAAGAAGGGGAAGAGCCAGUUAUUGAUAAAGAAGAUGAAGAACGUAAGCGAAACACAAGAAAUAAGUUUUACAAGAAUCGGAAUAAAUUCGAUAGAUUGGAUAAGGAGAGUGAUGUUUUUCGUUUGCUAAGUGUAAUCAGUGCUUUUGAUUAUAUUCCCAGGCAACAAAAAGAGUUAUUCAUUAAGGAUCAUUUUCUAAGGGGGAAAUUAUUGGAAGAAAUUGUGAAAUUAAGAAAGCAACUUUUAUACAUUAUCAAAUCCAACACUUCUAAAGAAAACAUUGCUGUUACAGUUAAAGAUGAAGAUUUGAAAACAGCACCACCGACCGAUAUUCAAAAGAAACUGUUAAAGCAAAUGGUCUGUGCCGGGUUUGUAGACCAUGUUGCGAUUAGAGCAGAUUACUUGUUUCCUGAAGAUGCAAAGAUAACAAAUAGAUCCUCGCUUAUCAAUAUUCCAUAUGUCCCAGUUUUAUCACAAAGAACUCCUGAGAUUUCAGAUUGUUUCGUUUAUAUCCAUCCGACAUCAAUUUUGAAUAAUUUGGGUGAAUUGCCACCAAAAUUCCUUGUGUAUAACUCAUUACAUCAGGGGGGGAAUAGUAAGACCAGAAUGAACACGCUGUGUGAUAUCAAGAGUACGCCACUGGCAAAUACUGCAAGGAAAGGUUUGUUGUUAACAUAUAGUAAACCACUGACAGGUCAAGGUUUGAAGAGCAUUAAUGUUUCUCAAACAGAAAGAUAUUGUUACGUUGUUCCAAGGUUUGGUGCAGCGAUUGAUAGUGAUCUUAAAAUUGGUUGGGAUUUGAACCCAAUUGCAGUUCACCAAAAGAAAGAAAAUGGCCAAUGGGUCGUCACUGAAUUUGUUAAUAACAAGAAAUACAAAGCGGUAGAGGCAGAUCAAAAGCAUUAA